UUUGUCAAUGCUGUACGUUUCGCGUGGAUAAUAAAACAUCCUCUGUUUGUCUCCGGUUUUCUCGCGUAUUUUCACACAGAUAUUGCUCAAAUAUCAGUGAAUAAGUGCAGCAAUACUCUGGGAAGAUUAAGAUAUUGGAGAUCCUGGAGAAUUCUCAGAAUAUCAAAACCGCCAAAAUGACUAGGGGCGAUGUCUCCAAGGACUCCAGAGACACCGAGGAAGGCAGUGCUCGCAAGGAGCGGACGCCUGAAGCGCCCAGAGCAAAGAAGUCCCGGAGAGACAGUGACUCCAAGCGUCCGGAAGAGAGGCGCAGAUAUGACGACAGGAGGCGUGAGCGGCGCCGCUCGCGGUCCAGGUCGCGGUCCAGAUCACGUUCGCGUUCCCCUGCGCGGCGGGAGGAUGGGAAGAAGGCCGAUCCGGAGGUGAUUACGGAACGACAGCGUCGCACUGUGGAUCUGCUGACAUCCAAGACGGGCGGCGCGUACAUUCCGCCGGCCAGGCUGCGCAUGAUGCAGGCCGAAAUCACGGACAAGUCUUCGGCGGCGUACCAGAGAAUCGCCUGGGAGGCACUCAAGAAGUCCAUUCACGGCUACAUCAACAAGGUGAACGUGGACAAUAUCGGAAUCAUCACGCGAGAGCUGCUGAAGGAGAACAUCGUGCGCGGCCGUGGCCUCCUCUGUCGCUCCAUCAUUCAGGCGCAGGCCGCGUCACCGACUUUCACGCACGUGUACGCCGCCCUGGUGGCCGUGAUCAACUCCAAGUUCCCCAACAUCGGGGAGUUGCUGCUGAAGCGCCUGGUGAUUCAGUUCAAGCGGGGAUUCCGGCGGAACGACAAGGCCAUUUGCAUCUCUUCAUCGCGAUUCAUCGCUCAUUUGGUGAAUCAGCGCGUGGCGCACGAGAUCCUGGCCCUGGAGAUCCUCACGCUGCUCGUGGAGAGUCCCACGGACGAUUCCGUGGAGGUAGCAAUCGCCUUCCUGAAAGAGUGCGGCCAGAAGCUGACCGAGGUGACGUCGAAGGGCGUGAAUGCCAUUUUCGAGAUGCUGAAGAACAUCCUGCACGAGGGCAAGCUGGACAAGAGAGUGCAGUACAUGAUUGAGGUGGUGUUCCAGGUGCGCAAGGACGGAUUCAAAGAUCAUGUGUCGGUGAUUGAGGCGCUGGAGCUGGUGGAGGAGGACGAUCAGUUCACGCAUCUCGUGAUGCUGGACGAGGCGACAGAGACGCAAGAUGUGCUGAAUGUCUUCAAAUACGACGCUGAGUACGAGGCGAAUGAGGAGAAGUACAAGGGCUUGAGCAGGGAAUUGCUGGGCAGCGACGCGAGCGAUUCAGAGUCUGGAAGCAGUGACAGUGACUCGGAUUCCGACUCGGAUGACUCAAAUGAGGAGGAGCAGGAGGAGAACAAGGCAGGCGACAUGAUCAUUGACAGCACAGAGACAAAUCUCGUGGCGCUGCGACGCACCAUUUAUCUCACCAUCCACUCGAGUCUGGACUACGAGGAGUGCGCGCACAAGCUGAUGAAGAUGGAGCUGAAGCCGGGCCAGGAGAUGGAGCUGUGCCACAUGUUCCUGGACUGCUGUGCCGAGCAGAGGACGUACGAGAAGUUCUACGGUUUGCUGGCACAGCGAUUCUGCAUGAUCAACAAGGUGUACGUGGCGCCCUUCGAGGAGAUCCUGAGGGACACGUACGCCACGACGCACCGCCUGGACACCAACAGAUUGCGCAACGUGAGCAAGUUCUUUGCGCAUCUACUCUUCACGGACGCCAUCGGCUGGGACGUGUUGGAGUGCAUCAAGCUGAAUGAAGAGGACACGACGAGCUCCAGCAGGAUCUUCAUUAAGAUCCUGUUCCAGGAGCUGGUGGAGUACAUGGGAUUGGGCAAGUUGAACGCCAGGCUGAAGGAGCCGAUUCUACAGGACUCAUUCGCGGGACUCUUUCCGCGCGACAAUCCCAAGAACAGCCGCUUCGCCAUCAAUUUCUUCACGUCCAUCGGCUUGGGUGGCUUGACGGACGGGUUGCGAGAGCAUCUGAAGCAGAUGCCCAAGGCGGUGGGACCGGCCAUCAGCAUUCCCGUGCAGCAGGUCGAUAGCAGCUCAUCGUCCAGCUCGUCAGCGUCCGAGUCUUCUUCCUCCUCGGACUCCGACUCGGACAGCAGCAGCAGCAGUUCCGAGUCAGAGUCGAGCGACUCCUCGGCCAGUGAGAAGAGGAAGAGCAAGAGGAGGAAGAAGAAGGACAAAAGGAAGAAGGCGCCGGUUAAGAAGAAGUCAACGAAAGAGUCCAGGAAGGACAAAAGGUCCCCUGACGAUGACAGGGAGGAGAGAAGGCGCGGCAGGAGUAGGGAAGAGCGGCGGGAGGAAGUCCGGGAGCGAUCCAGAGGCAGGGAAUCGCGAAGGGAGCACAGAGACUACGAGGAUCGGCGGGAGAGAUCGCACAGGCGCGAGAGGUCAAGAGACAGGCGACGAUAGACGCCAAAGAGAGUGUUAAGAAUGUGUGGAUCAGUAAUAAAACUAAGG